GGAGCGGAUAGUUGGUGGAGGCAGCGACGCUCAGAAGACGUUGUCCGGGCUAAUAACUUUUGAAUCUCCUUAAACAAGAUGCGUCACGUUGCUGCUUUCCUUUUGGCUGUCCUCGGUGGUAACACCACGCCGUCCGUCGCUGACGUCUCGGCCAUCAUCACGGCCGUCGGCGGUGAAGUCGACACGGAGCGCCUUGAGACCUUGAUCAAGGAGCUCGAGGGCAAGGACAUCUACGAAGUCAUUGCCGAAGGCCAGAAGAAGCUCGCGACCGUCUCGGUCGGUGCCUCGUCGGGCGCUGCCCCGGCCGCUGGUGCCGCCGCUGGCGCCGCCGCCCCCAAGGAGGAGGCCAAGAAGGAAGAGGAAGAGGAGGCCGACCUCGGCGGUGGCAUGGACAUGUUCGGCGGUGGUUCGGACUAUUAAGCGUCUCGCCAUCGUGGCUCGAUCCCCGUAAUAGUAACACGAACGCCGUCUCGCCGCAGUGCUGUGACGACAUCCUGACUUUCAUUCCA